CUGGCCACAGAUGUAAAGCAAAUAUUUACUGAAACGAAGUUGUUCGACGCAAAAGUAUAAAGUAACAAAGCAUUGUGAAAAAUAUUAGUUUGUGAGCAAUUGAUUAAGAAGGAUGUCUUGGUUCAAAGUUUGGACUGGGAUCAAAAGUAAAACAUGCAGGUAUUUACUGCAACGGUAUUUGGGUCAGUUUUUGGAAGAUAAACUAGACUUGAAGCAAUUUAAUGUGGAUUUGUACAACGGGAAAGCUACAGUGAAAAAUGUAUCGUUAAAUGCAAAAGCGUUAAACGCAAUUUUGGAAGCUCAAGGAUGGGCUAUAGAAAUCAUAAGUGGCCAUAUUGGCGUUCUCACAGUUUCAGUGCCAUGGAACGCAUUAAUGUCGAAUAGCAGCUCUAUUGAAGUUUCAGACGUAGUUAUUUCGGUAAGACCUGUGCAAAGAAAAAAUAAUGGAACGUCCAUGCUGGAAUCAAUGUGGUCGUCAGCAAGCAAUUCUAUGCAGUUAGCUGAAGAAUGUAUGAAGCAAGAUGAUGAAGAUAAUGAAGAAAACUAUCAAAUAGAUGCAAAAUCAAUUCCAGGAUUGGAGAAAUUUGCAGAAACUAUUGAUAGCAUUUUAAACAGAAUUAAAGCUACAUUUACAAAUACGUUUAUAGAACUGCAAUAUCAUUCAGCAGAUAAUUCAAAAGCCAUAUCAUUGUGCUUUAAAAUAGAUGAGUUAAUAUACGAAAAUGUCACGGGCUGCAUGCAAGAACAAAAACAGGAAUCCCACAGGUUCCAAACCAGCAAUCAGGGAGCUACCGACGAGAAUAAAUAUCUGCUGCCUAUGUUUGCGAAACAUAAUAUCAGUGUAUGUGGUUUAACUAUAAGUACUGAAGAGUUGAAGACAAUGAGCGAAAGUUCAAUAUAUGCUCAUACAGAUUUUCCUCAAUCCAGUGCUAUUCCUAUCAUGGAAGUAAGAGAAGCAAUACAUUUCCGAAUCAAAAUGAAACAAUCGGAAAAUAUAAAUGGACCUAAAAUAAUAAUUGAUUCCGAUAUCGGUUCGAUUUACACUCUUAUUACGCCAAGACAAAUACACUUGAUUUUAAAACUUAUACAAGCAUUUCAAAAUGAUAAUUGUGAUAAACAAGACGUUGAAUAUUUCGAAGAAAAGCCUUAUAAUGAUAAUUAUAUGUAUCAGAAUACCAAUGAAACGGUUAAAUUGGGUAAUUGGAUAGAUUGCGAAACCGGCCCCUCAGUUGGAGACCCCCUACAUCGCAUAAAUUUGGAUCGUUUAAAAGACUUGUCGAUUGGAUAUUCGCCACCUAGCAGCUCCAUGAGCUCUAGCACCACACUAACUGGCUUGUCAAAGUGGCAACGUAAAACAACAAGUUUGGAGUACUCCGGUGACAUUUUAAGUUUUUCGGUGAAAAUAUCGGCAUUUGUGUCCAUAAUACUUUUGGAAGACGUAUUGGUAGAAAGCAUCACAAAUAAUCAGAGUCCUCUAAAUAGAACAAGCGAACAAAAUAUGAUUGAGUUUUCUAAACAAUUUUUCGAUCAUGUUCAUCAAGCGAGUAAAGAGAAAAUCGAUUCCGUGGCAUUAACAUGUGGUAAAAACCAUUUGUUCUUUUCUAUAUCACCAAUAAAUUGUGAAGGAAGUCAGCACAGGAUAAAACAAAUGAUAUUGUCGAAAAUUAACUUCGUAGCACAAAAGAUUGACCUUUACGAAGUAUUGAAUUCGAAACAAUCUGAGUUAAUAACAUUUGACCACAGCGAAAAUUACAACACAGCCGAUGUUUCUGUACAUAUUAAAUCGGACGUUAAUUCAAAAAGUGUAGAUAUCGUAUUGCAAAACUGCCGUAUAGAACUAGAUAUAUCCAUAUACGAUCGCCUCAGUGCUAUUUUUGCAGCCUCACCUUUUACUGCGUUCUCAUCUAAGCACACCCCCUCUUCAUUCUUGAAGCAAGAAGCACCAAAAUCAACAUUAACUACAAAUUUGACAUCGACAUCAGUGGAGUUGAUAUUACGUUUUCCAAUUUACGAUGCUAGACCAAUACACGAUCCAAAUCGAGUGCCAUGGUGGCAACAAAAUGUACGACCUGAUUAUAUGAUUAUUUCACUUGACUAUGUUCGUAUGAAGUUUGCUGGCGGAAUAUUUGAGCUAUUGACAAAUGAAUUAAAUGCUUACUAUGUUGAAAAAGACAGAAGUGAAAAAGUUUGGUUACUCAAAACAAAUUCAACGAAAUCAAACGCAGAGGUUAUCGAUUAUGUUAAAGUCUCGGUCACAAUACCAGAUGAUUAUUACUGGAGAAAUAUAAAGAAUGUCUACUCAGAUGGCAAUUUCUAUGAAAAUAUAAAAACAAAUAUAGACAGUUUACCAUUUAGUGCGAAACGUGUUUGUAGGGAAAGCGAUACCCUACAUAACAAAACUGACUGUAUGGAGUCCGAAACUAUAUUGCUGCCUGGCGAAACGGAAGAACUAGUUGAGUUUCGUAGAGCUACAAUGCGCACUUCCAGAAUACAAGUUGAAGUGACUACACCAAACUUACACCUCGUGCUGGAAUCAAAAAAAUUGUACGAAGUUAUCUAUAACCGCUUCAACACGGACCUUUUCAUGUGGGAACCGAGUUCACCUAUUUUGAACUCAAUGAACACGAUUUGUCUUGAAAAUAAGCAAAGUAUAUAUAAUAUACCACAUUCGUCAGAGCCGCAAUACAGGGGUUUCAAUGAGUUUGAUUUAUCCGAUUCUGAAGAAAGCGGCUCAUACACAAAUCAGAAUAUAAACCUUAAAAAUAUCUCUAUGACAGAGAGUAUAUAUUUUUCGAUACAUGAUUCGCACAAUGUAGAGGAGAGCUAUAGAGAAGAGUUUAACAUAAAGAAAAGCCAAUUCUCCAUUAAUCUUUCAAUACAAAAUGGAAUGGUGGAAUUAUUUACUUCAAUAAGAGACGCAGAAAACCAAAUAAUACCUAAAGAUUUGGGUAAAAUAGAAAUCAGUGUGAAUGAGCUCAAUAUAUUUUCCGUAAAUGGUUACAAUGAUAAUAAACAUUUAUGUUAUUUAUGCAUACAAAUUGGUGAUAUUAAAAUGGAUCAUUGUGGACUAUUGCAACGAACGUCCACAAAACUUUCCACUGAGACUGAGCGGAUGAUGCAGAAAACGUUCUAUAAAACACCAACAGGCUUGUUGAAGUCUAAUCAAACAAGUAUGAAAGAAAGGGAAAUGCUCUCUCUGGUCAUCGAAACGAAACGUGUGCCAGACCAACGUGUGAAGAGAAUCGUGGUGACUACCGGUAUCCAGCAGGCAACAUUGGGAUACCAUCCCUCUGUAACAAAUCAGUUUUGGCUGAAUCAACUUAUUGAUUUUCUUGAUGUGGUCGACUACCCCAUAGAAGGGUAUGUACCAUUUGGCAUAGUGACGGAAAUGCAGCUGCAUUUGUGGAACUGCGCAAUUGAUUACAGGCCAACAAACUUUGAUUAUCGUGCCAUAGUUGAAUUGGGUGCUUUCACAAUAAGCAGUAACGUUAUAUCCUCUGUAACGGGAUGUAAUUUACGUUUCAUCAUUGAAGAUUUUAUUCUAUCUAUCGCGCCCAAUAAAGUAAACAAGACAAGUCCAAAAGCUGGCAAAAAAGAGACAAUUGAUUCAAAGUAUCUGGUACCCGUACUUGAUAUCGGUUUAGUCGACAUAUCACUAAGGCUAAACGAGAACUCAGAAAAACAUCCGAAAUUUGAUUUACGUUGUUCUGUGCAUGAUGCACAUUUGCGCACAUGCAGUGAUUCGGGCAAAGCACUAGCGCAACUCAUCGAACACCUCGCAAAUGAUGGCGACACCGUAGAUAAUGAACAAAAUAUUUCAUCUACAACAUUGCAGCAAUCUGGACUAGAUAUCAGCGAAACGUCUACAUUGGAUGGACAUAAGCGAAAAGACAGCUUAACUGAACAACAAGAAUGGCAACAAGAACGUGUAAACGUAAUGAUGGCAGAAGCCCUCAGAGAAACGGAGGCAUUGAGUGUAGUGCCCUCAACCUCAAAGAACGCAAAAAUGGUUGGUUAUGGCAUUGAACCAUUCUAUUUCCCGGAUGAGCAGCAACUGGGCACAUUAGACGACGAUUACGAUUGUGGCGAUGACUUAUCCGCAAUUGUAAAUUUUGAGCAUCACGUUAUGACUACAUCUUUUUGUCCUACAGAACCGAGUGUAGAGGUGUUACCACAGAUUAAAUCCGAUUUGGGCGAUGUUAAUAAUGAGCGUAGAUACAGCAUGCAAAAGCGUCAGCCACGCGAGGAUGAAUAUUGUGUUAUAUCCGAAGAUGAGCGCCGAAAGGUUUCGCAAUGUGGCGUACGCGAGGUGAAAUUAUGCGAAGACCCUAUACGCAUAGUGGACAACCACUUCUUCUUACCCACUAAUAAGUUGGAUUUACUUCAACCUCCGGAUGAUUUCCCAAUGCCUGUAUCGCGUUACACACUUUGUGAAAUGACAUUCACAUGGCAUCUUUAUGGUGGCAGAGAUUUUCAAACGACAACCGAUGAUAAUACUGCGAAAGAUGAUACAGGUCCCUUCCGUAUGUCUGAUGCCUACAAACAUGGUGUGUCGUACUCAAAAGGCAGCAAUAGUGUUUGCGGUGCAAAAAAAGCGAAAGACCUAUCGUGGAAAACAAUUGGAGGUGUGCAGCGCAAUCACGAAGUACUUGUGGAAAUACAGUUAACCAAAGUACGUUUGUCACAUGAAAUGUAUCCAAACCAUCUAACCCAGGCCUCGCGACAAGUUCUAGUAAUCCAUGAUAUGGAAAUUCGAGACCGUUUGAAAUCUUCCGAAAUUAAUAAAUUUUUAUACAAUCCUAAUUCUAAGACUACAUCACAGAAAUGCCCACAACAAAUGCUUGUGGUAAAGGCUUUGCAUGUCAGACCGAAGCCCACAAUUAACUCGACACAAGAGUGCUCAUUGAGGGUUUCUCUUUUGCCAAUGCGGCUUAACAUCGAUCAAGAUACACUAAUUUUCUUGGCAGAUUAUUUUACAAAUAUUAGCAGUAACAUGAAAGAGACAAAUCCAUCGGACAAUAAUCAACCGGCCGAAGCACAAGCACCUAUUAUGGAUGUGGAGCUGUCUGAAGAUGACGAAGACUUGCAGGCAAGAAAUCUCAUAUCGACAAAUCUUGAGUUACUCGAAAAUGAAGUAACCGACAAAACGGACAAACAAAUACAAACAGAUGAGUUGGAAAAGUCAUCUCCAAUAUACUUCCGUGAAGUUAUAUUUGGUCCAGACGUAUCAAUACGUUUCGACUAUCAUGGUCGUCGUGUGGAACUUUCGCGCGGUCCCAUAGCAGGACUGCUUAUGGGGCUAGGUCAAUUGCAGUGCUCCGAAAUUAAAUUAAAAAAGAUCAUAUACCGUCGGGGCUUCUUAGGGGUGGACAAGCUAAUAGCAUACUUGUGUCGAGAGUGGCUCAAAGACAUUAAGCGGAAUCAGCUACCAAAAAUUUUGAAAGGUGUCGGGCCAACUUAUUCAUUCGUGCAAUUUAUACAAGGUGUAAUCGAUCUAUUCCGUUUGCCAAUUGAACAAUAUCAACGCGAUGGACGUUUAAUUCGCGGACUUCAACUGGGCGCACAAAGUUUUACGGCAAGAACAGCGCUAGCAGCGCUGGAAAUAACUUCACGUGUUAUACAGAUUUUACAAUUUACAGCUGAGACAGCAUUUGAUAUGGUGUCUUCUGGACCCUCUAUACGAACAGUGCGCCGACAUCGUAGAGAUAGAAAGAAACGUUCGAAUAGGCCGAAAGACAUGCGUGAAGGUGUGACGAAUGCGUACCUGAUAGUGAAGGAGGGAUUUAACGAUUCAGCCGCCACACUUAUAGAGACAGCCGUUGCAGAGCACGACCAGAAGGGAUAUACUGGGGCGGUGGGGGCUGUGAUGAGACAGAUACCACAAUUAGUUGUUUGUCCGGCAGUUUUGGCUACUCAGGCUACAACCAACAUCUUGGGCGGAGUCAAAAGCUCUCUUGUACCUGACGCCAAAGUUGAAGCGCGUGAAAAAUGGAAAACCGAUAUUGACUAAAUAUUCGUUUUAUAUAACUAAACUAUAUACAUAUAUAUAUAUAUAUAACUAGUUAAGUGUGAUGUACUAUAACAAAUAGAUUUUAUACGUUCAAUUGAAAUUAUAAUUAAUUCUAUGUACUGUUUAAAUGCAAUGAAUGAGCCUAAAGCGAUAAGUAAGUAUAUACAUAUAUAUGUAUGUAUGCACUUUGUUAUUUUCAAUGAAUUUCGAGAUUACUUGGCUAAUAAUUUUCUAUAUGACACAUUUGAUAAAUCACUAAACAUUAAUUGCGUAGUAUAUUCUGCGUGUAAGGAUUUACGAAAAUAAAUGAAUGUUGAGCAUAAGCCUUUUUUUAUAUUAUUGAGUAACAUUUAAUACUAUUAUACUAUACUCCUUUAUCAACACGCCUUGAAUUCAUGUGUCUGCAUACACAUGUGAACAUUUCCAGCUUUUGUUCUUUUAAAAAUUGAAAUGCACAAGGUCAACUAAUGUAUAAUUUACAUAUCAAAUAUAACCAUACAUAUAUAAAAUGUACAUAUGUUCAUGCAUAUUUCCGUGUGUGUGUUGUUUUGAAUCAAUUGGGGUUUGAGUCGGUUUAUAAAAUGAUAAGCUUUACUAUAAUUAUAAAUUAAGUGCAAGUGCAUGUAAAUUUUUACUACUCUGCACUAAAAGUUUUGUUUUAUAUAAAACUUGGCUGGAAACGGUCAU